CUGUGACCUGAAACAGAGGUACAUUUUCUUCCUCACCUAACUGCAAGUGAUAUCAAACCUGCUCAAUCUCCUCUGGGAUCCAGGUCCCCAACACGUCAACACUCCGACAGCAGUUGGUUAAGAGUGGCAAAAGAAGAGAGGAACGCGGGUGAGACUACGAGAAGAGUGUCCUGAGUCUGAAGGUGUCUCAGGUGUUCCGCUGUUUCAUUGGUAACAAUGGAUAACGUCAAGGCAACCGCAGAUUACUAUAUAUAUGAAGACAGCUACAACUAUUCACCAGAAACAGGCAGUAGCCAAUCCAGUGGCGUGCCCUGCAACCAGGAUGGCAUCAUGGACUUCACCCGGAGCUACUCCCCUGUGGUCUAUAGCCUGGUGUUUGUGCUGGCGCUGGUGGGUAACAUCCUGGUGCUGUGUGUGCUGAUGCGCUACCGCACCUCUCAGACAGGUGGGACCUGCUCCUUCUCCCUCACCGACACCUUCCUGCUCCACCUGGCCGUGUCCGACCUCCUGCUGGCCCUCACGCUGCCCCUGUUCGCCGUCCAGUGGGCCCACCAGUGGGUGUUCGGCAUGGCCGCCUGCAAGAUUUCCGGAGCCCUGUUCUCUCUGAACCGCUACAGCGGCAUCUUGUUCCUUGCCUGCAUCAGCUUCGACCGCUACCUGGCCAUUGUCCAUGCCAUCAGCACCGGCUGGAAACGCAACACCUGCCAUGCACAGAUUGCCUGCACCCUGAUCUGGACAGUGUGCUUGGGCCUGAGUGGGGUGGACAUCACCUUUAGACAAGUGGUGAAGGUGGAAGUGGGGCGCUCGGGGGAUCAUCAGGGCCUGCUGGUGUGCCAGACGGUGUACCCCUCAGUGCAGUGGCAGGUGGGGAUGCCGCUAGUCAACUUGGUUCUGGGUUUUGGGCUGCCCCUGCUGGUCAUGCUCUACUGCUACGUCCGUAUCUUCCGGUCGCUUUGCAACGCCUCGCGCCGCCAGAAGAGGAAGUCCCUUCACCUCAUCGUCUCCCUGGUGUCCAUGUUUGUGCUCUGCUGGGCGCCCUACAACUCCUUCCAAUUGGCCGAAAGCCUGAAGAAGCUGGGCGUGAUUAGUGGAGGCUGCCAGUUUGACCGCACGGUGGAUAUAGGGAUCCUGGUGUCUGAGAGCAUGGGCCUGUCACACUGUGCCCUGAACCCGCUGCUGUACGGCUUUGUGGGGGUGAAGUUUAGGAGGGAGCUGACCAGAAUGUGUAAGGGGCUGCUGGGACAGAGGUUCUAUCCAGGGAUGAAGGAAUGGGGAGGACAGAGGAAAACAUGGAGGCCCACUAGGUCCUUAAGCUCAGCAGAGAGUGAGAACACCCACUCUGUCAUGGCGUGAGCCAGCCACAUGCACAGAUAGGGGUCUACCUGUGCCCGAGCACCCUUUUGUUGUUGUUCUAAACCCACAAGUCAUCGUAAAGUUGUCAAGUUCACCACCCCCAACCCCCCAUCCCAUUGGUCUGCCCUGUACAGAGCUUGCGUGUGCCUGGUAUCCAAACAUGCAUGGCUUGAAAUGCAGGCACCGGUCGAGUCUGUGUAGCAAGCUACCUAGUUUAAAUAUCAACAGUACUGCCACAGCAGCAUAACAUUUGAUCUACAUCAUCAUCAAUAUUUGGUUUGGCCUACAUAGCCUUCGAGCAGCAGAGAGGCAGAAGACAUAGAGAGGAGCAGCUGCAUUCAGGCUCUUACAACCCUCUGACCCAACUCAAUCCCUUCAUCAGUCAGGUGUUGCACAUGUGUGUCAGGGCAGCAGCAACACAGGUAGUCUAGACUUUAGCUAACCACCAUAUACUAAAAUAUCCACACAAGCCACCAGCCAACCAACCAUAUACUUACUAUAGCAUGAAUUAGAAGAGUAUGAAUAUUAUAGUAUAUUAUGAAGUUAUGAUUUAAGAGCAUUGAAGCUAAUCACAAAAAAAAUGCUAGUUAACUAUCAGAUUUACAUCAAUCAUCAACACAAUGAUCAGCUGAUAGCCUGUCCUCUUUACCCGAUGUCAGUCAUGUUUAGGAGGCACUUUAAAUAUAUAGGUUUAUGUUUGUGUUUUUUUUUAGGUAGUAUGUUUUACAUUUAGAGAUAUCAUUUUUUAAAGGUGGUUGUCACUAGUUACCACAGGCACAAAGUCAAAAUUGGCUAUAAUGUAAAAAUUCAUGAAAACAAAUAUUAGCAAAGGAGCUGGAUAAUUUCUUGCAAAAUAUAUAUUUUUAAAUGUAUGAAAGCUGCUUCCUCAAAAGGGCCAAGUCAUCACUAUAUGUGUUACUCAUAUGUUGCCUUGUGUUUUUGAAGGCAGAAAAUACUUAUACAUUUCAAAUCCUGCAGCAAUAGUUUUUUCUUUGUUUGAUUGCUUCAUUUUUUUCACUUGUUUUAGAGGGGAAACAAAGGUGUUAAGUCAUGACAGACAUGCAGCUUUACUUAUGGCAAAUUUUCACAUGUUCUUUGGUACCAGACUGUUAUUCAACAUUUUCUAAUUCACUUCUUUAGAUGAGAUUGUUAUACAUCAGUCAGCACAACACAUACAGUGCCUUGCGAAAGUAUUUGGCCCCCUUGAACUUUGCGACCUUUUGCCACAUUUCAGGCUUCAAACAUAAAGAUAUAAAACUGUAUUUUUUGUGAAAAAUCAACAACAAG